AUGCUGGAGGUACCCCUGAAUUGUGCGGGCUUUGGAGGGGGAUUCCACCACCACCAACCAUCGCCCUCCUCCCCCUCUUCUCCCUUCCUCCUCCCUUUUGCUGCUGCCGCAGGUAUUGCAGCGCCCAGUACCGAUUCACUCUUACUCUCAUCCUUCCUCACAGCUUUUCUCCUUGGGCUCUUCACCUUCUCCUCUCCCGGGCCCUCCUCCCCCUCUUCUCCCUUCUUCCUUCCUUUUGAAGCCUUCUUCUUUCCCACAACCGCAUCUGCUGACUCGGCAGCAGUUGCUGACUCUGCACCAGAUGCUGACUCGGCAGCAUUUGCUGACUCAGCACGUAUUGCAGAGCAGCACAGUGGUCUUGUGCUGCAGGCCGGGUCGUUUGAUCUAAGCAAGAAGAAGAAGAAAAAGAAGAAGGAUCGGUCUGCGGAAGAGGAAGCCGCUGACGUGGCAGAAGUCGCCGCGAAGGUCGAAGACUUGUCAGUGGAGGACUCCGUUGAGCCUGUGGACUUCGGUGCGAAGAAGAAGAAGAAAAAGAAGCCGCAGGCUGACGGGGAGGCCGCAGACGGCGAGAAGGAGAACGAUGCGGCAGAGGAGGAAGCGGCGGGGGAGGAAGGGGAAGGACUGGAAUUGAAGCUGGAGAAGAAGAAAAAGAAGAAGCCUAAGCAGCGCACUGAGGAGGAGGUGGUGGAGGCAGAGGAACACGCUAAGGCUGCUGAGGAGGACGAGGAGGAGGAGGAUGAGGAGGGCGCGGGGGAGGGGGAGGAGGAUGAGGAGGCGGAGGGGAUCGAGCUGGGAGGGCCCACGAAGCUUCCGUGGGAGGGGACGGACCGGGACUACAAGUAUGAAGAGCUCCUGAGCCGUGUGUUCAACAUCCUGAGGGAGAACAACCCCGAGCUGGCUGGAGAUCGUCGCCGAACCAUCAUGCGCCCUCCCCAGGUGCUGCGAGAAGGAACCAAGAAGACUGUUUUCGCCAACUUCAUGGACCUCUGUAAAACCAUGCAUCGGCAGCCGGAGCACGUGAUGGCAUUCCUCUUGGCUGAGCUGGGAACCAGCGGGUCUCUGGACGGGCAGCUGCGGCUAAUUGUGAAGGGGCGAUUUGCACCGAAGAAUUUUGAGGGCAUUCUGAGGCGAUACGUCAAUGAGUAUGUGCUGUGCAACGGCUGCAAGUCGCCAGACACCAUUCUCUCCAAGGAGAACCGACUCUUCUUCCUGCGAUGCGAACAGUGUGGCUCGCAUCGCUCUGUCGCACCCAUCAAGGCUGGUUUCGUGGCUCGUGUUGGCCGGCGCAAGGCUGUCAAGGCCUGA